ACAUGCGUAUAGUUGUAGUUGUACUACUUUAAAUAAUCUCUCCACAGUAUAAUUUUUAUUUAUUUUAUUUUUAUUAAUUUUUUUUGGUGCUCUGAUUUUCGGAGGAAUCUUCGCCGUUGGCUGCCGGAAUAUUCCUUUCACAUUGUUUCUGCUCCCCGCCUGUUCUAUACUUGACCCUAAAUUUAACCCUGAUUAUGAAGUAGAUCUGAAGCUAAUUUCUGAAGAUCUGGAUUUAGUUCUGUAUCUUGCAAGUAAUAAUGGCUAUUUUUGGAUUGUUGUAGUUUUCGAGGAUUUGGGUUCGAUUUCGAUUUGAGUUCAAAAUUCGAGAUGGCAUCCAACGUAGAAGAAGCGGUGAGAGCCAAAGCAUUUGCGGAGAAGCAAUUUGUGGAGAAGAACUUUGUAGCUGCAAAAGAUUACGCUUUGAAAGCUCAAAUGCUCUGUCCUGAGCUAGAGGGGAUAUCACAGAUGGUGGCCACGUUUGGAGUUUACAUGGCUUCCGAGGCGAAAAUAAACGGAGAGCUCGAUUUCUAUUUAAUUCUUGGGGUGGAUUCCUCUGUGGACAAGUCCAAAUUAAAGAGACAGUACAAGAAACUAGCAGUAAUGCUACACCCUGACAAGAACAGAACUAUUGGUGCUGACGGGGCGUUUCGGUUGGUUUCCGAGGCAUGGACACUUUUAUCAGACAGUGCUAAAAGAAGCUCGUACGAUCAGCGCAGAAAUUUGUUUCCACCCUCUCAUGGAAGGCUCGAUACUUUUUGGACAGUCUGUACAUCAUGUCAUGUUCAGUACGAAUAUCUGAGGAAGUAUGUCAACAAAAGACUUUCUUGUAAGAACUGUCGCGGUGUCUUCAUUGCUGUCGAAACUGGAUUAGCCCCUUUGGCCGGUUCUUUCUCGUAUGGCAAUUUCCCUUUUGUGCCUCAGAAUGGUUAUGGGAGCCAUGGUUGUGGUGUUAGUGUUACGUAUAUACCAACAACGCCGACUGGAUAUUGUACACCAAAUGUGGCAUCGGGGCAUCACAGCGGACAUAGAUCCGAUUAUGCCUCGAAUAUUUCGUUUCAGGGUAGCUCGUCUGGAAUAUUAGAGCCUAGUGGAUUAUCUGCUUCCUCGUUUGUCUUUCAUCAAGCCAACGGUGAGACAAGAAAGGCUAAAGUUAAAGCUAAUGCAAAGCAUCAAACGGUGAAAGCUACUACUACUCCAGGUCAUGUGAGCUCCAACGGGCAUAAUGAAGUAGUAAAAUCGAAGCGUGGUAGGCCUGCCAAGAAGAGAAAAAUUGAAUUGGGAAGCUCGUACGUUAACGGGAAUGGAGAAUUUUGCGGAAAUAUUGUUGUGGAACCUAAAUUAGGCAAUGGGAAUGGAGCGUCGAAGCCUGCGUCUAAGCUUUCCUCCACACCCGAGACUUUGACCAAACGCUUUUCACCUGCCCCUGUGAUUGAUGGUAGACAGUUGCUUAUUCAGAAGGCGAAGUUAGAAAUCCGUAAGAAACUAGAAAAAAUGAAGUUGGCUUCAGAAGCAGCAGCUUCUGCUGCAGAGGCCGAGAAAAGAUAUAAACUCGCGGCAGCUGAGAAGUCUGCUAACAAAACGAUAGAGCUGAAGAGAACUGUUUCGAUGUCAAUAACAGUACCAGAUUCCGAUUUCCAUGAUUUCGACCAAGAUAGAUCCGAAGAGUGCUUUAAACCGAAGCAGAUAUGGGCCCUUUACGACGAGGAAGACGGAAUGCCUCGAUUGUAUUGUCUGAUUCGCGAGGUGAUUUCGGUGAAUCCGUUCAAGAUUCACAUAAGCUACUUGAGCUCGAAAUCCGACAGCGAAUUUGGGUCGGUGAAUUGGUUGGAUUCCGGGUUCACGAAAUCGUGCGGGAGCUUUAGAGUGUUCCAUUCCGAGACGAUUGACCAAGUCAACAUAUUCUCACAUCUUCUCAGCAGAGAGAAGACUGGUAGGGGAGGCUGUGUGAGAAUAUAUCCAAGAAGUGGAGAUAUUUGGGCGGUUUAUCGAAACUGGUCGUCGGAUUGGAACAGAGCAACUCCCGAUGAAGUGAGGCACCAGUAUGAAAUGGUGGAAAUUCUCGAAGACUAUUCCGAGGAAAAUGGUGUGUGGGUAACUCCGCUGAUUAAAUUGGAUGGAUAUAAGACGGUGUAUCAAAGGAACAAUGAUAAGAAUGCAGUUCAAUGGAUUCAAAGAAGAGAAAUGCUUCGAUUUUCGCACCAAGUUCCGUCUUGUUCGCUUAAAAUUGCAGGUACUGAGUUGCCCGAUGAUUGUUGGGAUCUCGAUUCUGCUGCAAUCCCAGAUGAACUUCUUCUUCAAGGAGAAAUCGAACUUAGGAAGAAUUUAACUACAGAAGAAAAAGUCGAGCCAAGUGAAAUCAGUGCUUCGACUUCUGUGGAAAUUCUUCAAGAGGAUUGUAGAGUAAAAGCUGGAGCUGAAAUCGUAUGUGGUGAAACGAGUGCAAGGAGUUGAACGAGGGGAAUCGAGGUAAUGGGAAUUUAAUUUUCUUGAUUAUAUUCUAGAAUUAUGAAUUUCCGAAGGAGUGUGCAUUACGAGGCGAAAUGUAUAGGUUUAAACACAGCUAAGAUGUUAUUCUUGGAAAAAACGAAAGGUAGUUAGUUGGAGGAUUAGAACUAAUCCUUGCCCCCAUAAUCUAUUUGGGAGCUUUAAAUCUGUACUGUAAUUUGUAACUGGGAUUUGGAACUGUUGAUUUACUGCUGUUAUAGAAAUGCUUUUUAUUUGACUCUAUUUAUUAAGUGAUGUUUGAUUA